AUGGAAAGUCAAGAUUCCGGAGGUGGUGGAAUGGUGGAUGAAGAUAUGAUUGUGCUUCGAUUGCGAAUAAAGGAACUUGAAAUGAUGGAAAAGGGUGAAGAGGUUUGUGUACCUUCAAAUUGGUUUGAGUGGGAGAAGAAACAUAUCAUACAAUUUCAAGGUGGUGUGCAUGGAGCAAUUGGUUUCUUGCAACUUGUUCUAAUGAAUUCUAGACCAAGUUUAGCCCUAGGAAUCAUGGCUUAUGGUAUAUUAAGUGUUUUAUUCUCAAAUGGUCUAUUAACGGCCCAUAUCAUAGAAAUGAUAAACGAAAUUACAGCUAAAAUUUCUCCAUUUUAA